ACUCCUCCUCCGGGCAGAGGCAGCAGCAGCUCGGUGUCUGUCUGCGGACGUUACCUCCGACUCUCAGCUAACGUUAUCUCGGGUUGGGCCCGUGUGGGUUGGCUUGGCUCGGUGCGCUACCUUCCCUUACUUUGUACGGUCAACAUUAUGGCGGCCGCGGAUCCCCGGUCCUCGAGUGACGGCGGGCCGGCCAGCAGAGGAGGCUUCCCGCCCGGGGAGAGCAGCAACGACCGCGACGGGCCGGGCGGCAGCAGCAGCGGCGGCAGCGGGGAGAGCGAACGGGAGCGGGAGCGGGACCGGGCAACCUUCGAGUGCAACAUUUGUUUGGACACUGCCACGGACGCUGUCAUCAGUAUGUGCGGCCACUUGUUCUGCUGGCCAUGUCUCCAUCAGUGGCUGGAGACUCGACCCAGCAGGCAGCAGUGUCCAGUGUGCAAGGCAGGAAUCAGCAGAGAGAAAGUGAUCCCGCUGUACGGCAGAGGGAGCUCCAGCCAGGAGGACCCCAGGUUGAAAACUCCACCGCGGCCUCAGGGACAGAGAACAGAGCCUGAGAGUAGAGGAGGGAUGUUUCAGGGUUUCAGGGACACCGGCUUCCACAUGUCGUUUGGCAUCGGAGCUUUCCCCUUCGGCUUCUACACCACAGUCUUCAACACCAACGAUCCUUUCCACAGAGCAGACCAGUAUGCAGGCGAUCACCAAGGCAACGGUAACCUCAACAACGGCAAUAACAACUGGCAAGACUCCCUGUUCCUGUUCGUGGCCAUCUUCUUCUUCUUCUGGCUGCUGAGCGUCUGACGGAGACCCGGAGCGAGGACGGACGGACGGACUGACGGACAGACAGAUCGACGACUGGGAGGGAGGAAAAAAGAAACGAAAAAAAUAAACUCGCACACAUAACUUGAGCCACAGACACACACUCAUAAUACAUUUUCUCGUUUGGGAGAAAGCGGAGCGUCGCGUUUAUUCCCCCUAAAAAUACAGCAAUUUGGUUUCUCCUUUUAACAGAAGCAGACCACUUUAGGACACUCGGCCUCCAACUCACCCUCCGACUGCUCUGUUUGUUUAGUUUAAGCAAGAAAACUGGGAAGUUAGUGCUGUGAGAAUCCCAAAAUAUCCCUCUAGAUACAUGCACACUGAAUCUAACGCUGCUGGGGUUCAGAGACAGUAUUAGUGAUCAGGGUGAGCUUUGUAAAAGAGUUUGUUAUUGAAGAAUAUUCUGUUUUCACUUGAAGGAGGCGAGCUCCUAAAGCAGAGAGGGAGUCGGGUUUGAGAUGCCGUAGUGGCCGCUCUAGCUGCUAGUUCUUUCUCUAAAAAGGCCAAAGAGUCGCGGGUCGGGACGUCGGUGGGUGAAGUUUACAGUUUCCUCCCAGAAUUCGACAGAAAACGGCACAGAUGGAUGCAUUUUUUUAAUAUAUGUUUCUCUUAACUAAAAAAAAAAAACAAAAACUGCCAUUGCACUGUGAAGUCAUUGGUCCUAAACGUCAGUAUGUCAGUGUGUGCUGGUGUUGAACCACUCGUUGCUUCUGGAGGAAAUAACCGAUGAGCAAUCCAAGUACGAUACGCACAGUUUGUCAGACUACGAGACAGAAAGCUGGUAGAAGUAGCUGGAAAAGAUGUAAAACGAAGGUGGAAAAACACACGACUUAUUAGCAGGAUUAACAAGCAAAGCCCAGCGUGAUGCUACAACCUAAAACCCUUCUGUCAGCUGAUUUGGUUUUUUUUGUGUCUGUGUGUCGGAGUGAGUGUGUCCAUUCUAUAUCUGUAUAUAUGAAUAUUGUAAAUGCUGUUUUUACGUGUUUCUGACUGGACGGCCAGCCACGGAGAGAUGCUUUUUGUAAAGCGAGAAAUGAUCUGGUUCCUGGUUUUCAGAACUAAGAAAAUAAAAAACAAAAGGCUUGCAGCCCAAGUUAAUAACUCCUCUCCCACAAAGAAAAGUUCCCUGCUAAUGUGAUGUUAACGUUCUCCCUUUUCCUGUAGAAGCUGCGACCGAGCAGCAGUCGAAGAGUUCAGAAACAUUCGUUCAUCAAGCAUAAAGUGGUAAAGACCCAGAUUCAAUGUUGUUGAAAAACAAAAACGAGGUACAACCAGAGAUGAUCCUUUCAUUCUUCUUGCAACUUAACAGACGUUUGGGCUGCUGAUGACUGAGCGUUUUCUGUAACUUACAGCUGAACUACAUGCAUUGAAUCGGGUUUUAGCACUUCAGUGUUCACUCCAGGGUCAGAGAUGAAACUUUGCUGCUCCUCAUUUCUCGCGUACUCGUCUGUUGAAGCUACACUUUGUGUUAUGGGGCUUAUGUGACACUAAAACAAGCGACGGGAGUCUUCUGAUGGACUAAAACACGGAGACAUUGUGCAAAACCAAACGGUCUAGGAGAUUAAAACUUGAUUAAAACA